CUUCAUACGGUGACCAUAAAUGUCCUCCCUACUGAAGGAGGAGAUGCAGAGAGUCCUCUUCACCCCCGAGGGACAGCAGCUCAAGGAGUUCAUCGAGAUCGCUGAAAUCCCCCCCGGGAGACAUUUUCUCUGUGUAUCAGUGAAUAAAGUCAAAGCCGUGCAGAUUUCUGUGGUGAAAAACCUCCGGACCAAUCGGCUGGACACGUUCCAGAGGACUGAAGAGUGGCUGCUGAAGGAUUUGGUUUUGCUGGAUGGACGAGACCCUGAAGCAGAUGAGCCCCAGUUUGUGAUGCAUUUCGACGCUCCGCGCUCGAUGGAAGCGGUGAGCUGUGCUGCUAAAUACUCGCUGGCACGUUCACUGGUGUCUCUCAGCACCUCGCACCACCAGACGGACCUGAAGCUUGCAAACUUCGAUUGGACCUACAUCCACCCCACAUCUGUGUACUCCAACCGUGGAGACUGCAUGGUGCUCCUGCAGAUCUGCUUCUACGCUGCCAACCUGGUGUGUCUCUCUCUCUGUCCAAUUUCAUAAAUCUACUAUCUCUCUCCCAUUUCAUAAAUCUUCACUCUA